AUGACCGCGCGUGGGAGUGUUGGCCUGAGGCAUCAACAACGGGAGGCCCGCCAGUCUAGACCGCCUGUCUCAUCGGGCCUUGAGUCACACAAGCGGGAGGCCGCAGGUGGAAGAGCCGGUCCUGUCGCUCCGGCGCAACGCGGAGAAUUGGGAACAGUCGGGAAUAGGAGUUUUGAAUUCCAUCUUGCGUACCUCUUGUCAAUCUCCUCGUCGCUGUCCCAUCCCGCCGCCAUCUCGUCCUCUGAACCGCUUCUCUUUUUUCGCCCCAACCAAUACGUACAUCGUAUUGCUCUACUAGUUCCAACAGGUUCGCCGCCAGCCCGUGGACUCGUUGCGCCCCUCCUUAACUUCCUCUCGUCAGCCAUCUUCUCGUUUUUACUCCCCGGCAAUCUGGCGCGAGUAUCGACUGCCUACAUCUCUCAUCUAUUAACCUCCGUACUCGCCGACGCCGCCGUCUUUUCUCGCUUCCUGGACUCUCCGCUGGGUAAAACAGCACCGAGUUUCCUAUCGCCCCACGCUGAGAUCCUUUUCGCGCUGCUUGGAACUGCCAGGUUGACCGCUGAGACGUGGUCCUUGGAAUCCCCAGCUACCAAAGUGGGAAUCUGCUUUCACUUGCGGCCUUUCUCAAAGCGCUGCGCUGCUGCUGUCGCCUACUCGAAACUAAAAUGCAACCGUGCCCACCCAUGUGAGAACUGCGUUAAACGAGGCGAUGCUGCCUCCUGUUCAUAUGCCCAGGCCAGCACGCGCAAAAAGAACUCCCCGCAACAAGCGGCGGCGAGCUCCCCGGAUGAUAUGCAGAACCGGAUCGACCGAUUGGAAAGCUUGGUUCUGUCGCUGAUGACCAACGGAUCGCAGUCCGCAGGCCCUGCCGCCGCCAUGGCCGCGAUCUCAGGCAAUAGUAGCAGUAUUAGCUCGGCCCAACCGACGACGGAUCUGGACAUCGACGAGGAUGCGCAUGGAGGGCCCGAAGAAAGUGAUACUGAGCAAGUGACGAAAUCAUUUGGUAUCAUGAAGGUCGACAACAACAACAAGUCAUACUAUGUCAGCGAGGCUCAUUGGGCGGCCGUGCUCAGCGAUAUCGCCGAAGUUCGUAACUACUUCACCACGCACAAAAAGCAAUACGAGGAGCAGGCGGAAAAGCUCAAGACCACGAUGCUCCCAACCGAUGUGUCAGGUUCGGCUCUUCUAUUUGGUACGAAUAAGGCAGCCAGUCGGGAAGAGAUCAUGUCGUCGUUCCCCUCAAAAUACACCACCGAUAUCUUGAUCGCUCGUUAUUUCAGUUGCUAUGAUCCCGCGACGCACAUCCUUCAUGGCCCCACAUUCCAGUCUCAGUAUAACAAGCAUUGGGAGGACCCCUCAGAGACCUGUAUCGUCUGGAUUGGCAUGCUCUUUGCUAUGAUGCGGCUUGCUAUGCUGUCGUAUCAUCGGGAAGGGGAUGAACCUCCAGAAUUUAGGGGCAAAUCUCUGGACAUGGCAGGAACGUUUCGAAAUUUGAUGGCACAGUGUCUCACGUUGGCCGAUUAUACUAAGCCUUAUCCUUAUUUGAUCGAGUCACUAAUAUUCCAUCUUCAUGGUGACUAUUGUCAGUCGAAGGAAGCGGAUGUAUCGGUUUGGGUGCUUGUGGGUGUGAUCACGAGGUUGGCCAUGAGAAUGGGAUACCAUCGGGACUCUAAAAUGUUCCCUAACAUCACUCCCUUCCAAGGAGAAAUGCGGCGGCGCGUCUGGGCUUUUGUGCGUCAAGCCGAUCUAUUGUUCUCUUUCCAGGUCGGUCUACCCAGCAUGAUCCGUCCCUUGGAUAGUGAUACCGAGCUGCCUCGCAACUUGUACGACGACGAUUUCGAUGAGGAGUGCAAAGAACUUCCCCAAUCACGCCCACCCAAUGAACCUACUCCGAUCUCGUUUCUCAUCGCCAAAGCACGUUUGACUUUGGCUUUCGGCCUCGUUGUCGAACAAUCCGCGCCGCUCCAAACUCACUCAUAUGAUAAGGUCAUGGAGGUGGAUGCAGAGCUUCGUAGAGCCAGAGAUCUGGUUCCUGAGCAUCUUCUUGUUCGCCCCAUUGAGGAGUCGCAAUUAGAUCCUUUGAAUAUUGUCAUGUCGCGAUACACGGUUAUGAGCGUCUACCAUAAAGCGCAAAUUGUUCUUCAUCGGCGCUAUCUUGUUCGAGCACGCGAAAACCCUCGGUUCACAUACUCCCGAAGGUCCUGCAUUGACUCCGCAAUGGAGCUUUUGCGGUUCCAGUCGAUGCUUUAUGUUGAGGCCGGUCCCACUGGCCGUCUGCAAAGCAGACAGAACCGCGUCACUGCCCUCUGUUCCACCGACUUCCUACUUGCUGCUACCAUCGUUUCCCUUGAUCUCUACCAUGGGCAUCAGCUGCAAGCGGGAGGGCGAGCUUCGGGUGAUACCUACGCAUGGGGCAGAGAACGCCGUGAUGAAAUGCUGGCCGCUUUGCAGCGCUGCAAGGAAAUUUGGGACGGGCUAAGUGACGAGGCGAUGGAGGCCUGGAAGGCUUCGGGCGCACUUGGAGUAAUGCUUUCUCGGUUAAAUCUGGGACACUCCGAUACCAAUGCGUCUGCCCCAGCAUUCGAACCGCAGGAUGAGAAACAAAAUGCUGCAAUGACCCUGGGGCUACUUAGUAGUGGAAUGAGCCCUAUGAAUCCGGGACCGCCACCAUUCAACGAUGGUGGACUAAAGAUGGAAACAUCAAUGCCAACGCCAGGAGGGCUUGGAACAACAGCUACCGAUCUCACCGGCGCCCCUUCACCUUUCAGUUCCAUGUUCGGACAGAUGCCUGACAUGCAACUCAACCUGGACUGGAAUGCUUGGGACACUUAUAUUCAAAGUUCAACGAUAGACCUCUCGAAUCAAUGGUGGCCAUCCAUGGACAUGCAACAACAACCACCACCACCACCGCAAGCACAACAGCAAAUCCCGAACCCGCUAUCUCCAAACCAGUUACCAACGCCACAAAAUCCUUCCCCAGACAGGUCUCGACCGCUACCAUCCUUCCCUAAUAUGCAUUGCUUCCGCAGGGCCGCAAGUCGGCUGAUUACCUCGACGACCUCCACACCGGCACGCUCGUCGUGGAUGCUUGCUUCUCGCUCGUCUCGCACGACAUUGCUCCCUCGAUUGCCGCAACCGCUCUCCCAGUAUCGAUGGAACAGCAAUGAGGCGUCAAACCAGCCCGAACCCUCGAAGCAGGACGCCGCGAAGGAACAGGACAUCAGCAAUGAACAGGUGAUCGAAGCUGCCACCCAGGCUGUCGAACAAGGAAUCACGAGGACGAAUGAAAUCGCUUCCGAGGUAGCGGCAUCAGGAAUUCAGGAGCAGAUGCCCUCUCUGGAGUCACUCCAACAGACUGCCGAAGCAACCCCUGGAAUGGCCAAGCGCCGGAAACGCAUGCAGGUUCUGGGAGAAGCGCCUAAACCGAAGGAAACUAUCUUUGUCGGCAAUCUCUUCUACGAUGUGACGGCGGAGGAUCUGCGGAAGCAGGCGGAGAAGUAUGGAAUCGUGGAGAAAGUCCAUCUUGUUUUUGAUAACCGGGGAAUCAGUCGCGGAUUUGGUUAUGUUCAGUUCGAUACCAUCGACUCGGCCAGGCGCGCCCUCGAAGCAAUGGAUGGGCGCGUUUUUGAGGGGCGUUAUACCGUCGUGCAGUUCGCGAACACUAACCUUGACCGCCAAAAAGCGCUGAAGCCUCCAUCGCGCGCGUUAUACAUUGGUAACUUGGCGUUCGAGAUGACCGAUCGGGAUCUCAAUGAGCUCUUCAAGGACAUUGUCAAUGUGAUCGAUGUCCGCGUGUCGGUUGAUCGUCGUACCGGCCAACCUCGAGGAUUCGCUCAUGCCGACUUUACCAGUAUCCAGAGUGCCACAAAGGCACUUGAAAUCCUCAGCAAAAAGGCGCCGUACGGAAGAAAGCUAUUUGUCGACUACAGCCAUUACACCAAAAAAGGAACUUUCGGUAGGAUUAAGGACCAGGAAGAGGAGUAG